GGCAUUCAAAACUCAUUUGCUUUACACCAGUCAAAAAACUUCAGAACAUGGAUCCAACUAACAAGCCAAAAGGACCCUCACCUCACUACUCUCUUUACCAGAGAGAAGUAUUCCAGAAUGGAGGCUCUAAGGGGGAGCUACCAAGCUUCUCUGUACACGCGGAAGAAUUAGCAGAGUCGACAAAGAAGAAACUCAACGACCGAUCGUACUUUUACGCUAACUCGAACGCGGGUUUAGGAUGGACUGACAGAGCCAAUAGGGAAGCCUUUUACAGAUGGCGCAUUAUUCCUCGCAUGCUAGUAGACACAAAUACUAGAGAUCUGACUACUGAGCUCUUUGGACACCGUAUCCCCGCACCAAUCUUGUUCGCGCCGAUUGGUAUCAACAAGUUAUAUAGUCCCACUGGCGAGCUUAUACCAGCAAAGAUUGCCGGAGAACUCGGUCUUCCUUAUUGUCUUUCCACAGCAGCCUCUCAGCCAAUUGAGGCAGUCGCCCAGGCGAAUGACUUGGGUGCGUCGGUAAAGAAUGAAAGUAACUCCGUUCAUGAGUACAGUGGUCCGAAUGGAGGGAAUGCUCAAGGCCCUCGCUUUUUCCAACUUUACAUGGGUCACGAUGACGAGAUUACCAUCAGUCUUCUGGAACGUGCCUGGAAAAGUGGAUUCGAUGUUUGCAUGCUUACUGUAGACACCUGGCAAUUGGGCUGGCGACCCACGGACAUCAAUAUAGCAAACUAUGUGUUCUAUUAUCCAGGAGCGGUCGGGAACGAAAUUGGAGCUUCGGACCCUGUGUUCAUGCGAAAGCAUGGAGAUGAGCUGAAGAAAGAUUCUGGAAAAUGGAUUGAUUCGUCAGUCUGGCACGGGAAGGCACACACAUGGGAGAAAAUACCUUGGCUCAUCAAAGAGUGGAAGCGCAUCUCAGGAGGACGCCCGUUCGUCAUCAAGGGCAUCCAGUCUGUCGAAGAUGCUCUUAAAGCACAUCAAAUAGGUUGUGAAGGAAUCGUCGUCACAAACCACGCAGGUAGACAGGUCGAUGGCGCAGUGGGUAGCCUUGAGGUAUUACCUGAUAUUGUGGAUGCCGUUGGCGACAAGAUGAAAAUCAUCUUUGAUUCGGGUAUUCGGACUGGGUCUGACGUGUUCAAAGCUAUCGCGCUUGGAGCACAUGCUGUUCAAGUAGGAAGGCUCUACGUCUGGGGAAUGUCACAUGAAGGAGAGGCGGGAUGCAGGCAUGUUAUGAAAUCGCUUCUUGCGGAUCUUGAUAUCACCAUGACCGUCGCUGGAUAUCGAUCUAUUACGAAGGACGUGAACAGAAGAGCCUUGAAGUAUAAUGCGAGUGGAAAUCCACCUCACGGGGCAGACCAUGCUAAACUGUGAUGGGGAGACUUAGACAAAGAAUGAAUCAUUAGAAGCAGCCAUAAUGCAUAGAGUUUUGAUUUUCUGGCUGAUGUCGUAUUAGUACAUACCAAGAUUAUUCAUGAAGACUGACU